CUCGUUUCCGGCCAGUCGAUAUGUUGAAGCCCGAGAAGUAUAAGACAGCUGAACAGAUAGGCUAUUCUGUUCAAGCCCACUGUUGGGCACUAGUAUAUCGUGUUAUUGGAAUCAGAUUGGUGGAAACCAAUCUCAAAUUAUUCGUGAAAGCAGUGGAACAAUUCUGGAUGACAAACAUUGAGCUUUGGAUGUUGCCACCGUGCGAUCACGUUGAGAUUGAGUGGACUCCACCAAGUGUAGUCAUUUUAGCAAGGUCAGCAAGCGAAGAGGACAAAUUCUAACGAACCCCGGGCGCCGUGGCAAAACCCAAAAACUGUACCGGAGAUUAGAAAAAUUAUCGAACAGGCCACUAGACUCCUCCAGACAUACAGCUGUUCACGGUCGAGGUCGUCAAUGGUCUCUAAGGUACCUCUUGAGAUUGCCAUACAAAUUGCUAAUGCUACGAAGCUGGCUAGUAUUGCAGAUACACAGAAUAUGCUGGCUGUCUUUGGGUGGAGGUUGCCCGACAGUUACUGGCAGAGUUGUUGUAACAUGGAUCUAAUCUUUGAAUAUGAUGAUCUCAGGGAGAGUAAUGAUCCAGUGGACUGGCAAUUUCUUGGCCUUGCGACUGAGGAACUACUUUACGACCCUGACUGGUAUAACAGAAGUGGACUUAGAACUCGCCAUCGGACUUUUCAAUUGCUCGGAGAGAUCAAAAGCGUCUUCCUGAAGCUGCUUGAAC